AUGGAUGACUACAAUGACUAUUAUCUUCUCUUCGUCUUCUUCUUCUUCUUGCUGGCCUUUCUUUGCUUUGAGGCUCGAUCUUCGCAAGCUGCGCAGUCUUUCAGUCACUCCAAGAGGCAUCUCAUCUCAUCAUCCAUUCUUCUUCCAUUCUUCUUCAUUCUUCUUCUGCUGGUAACUAACUACCCUUUCUCCCUCCUUCGUCCUGCUCCUCACUCUUCGCCUUCAUCUUCUCCAGUCAUGUCUUCUUCUCUGCCUUCUUCUCUUCUUCUACCGCUGCCUCCAUCUUUGCCUCCUUGA